UGAAAACAAAAACCGUCCUUAGACAUUCUUAAAAUUUAAGAAACAUGCAAUGUAGUUGUUCCAAUAAUGCCUUUAGUAGUUACGUGUGAAAAAAAAAUAAAAAUGGAAAUGGGUCCCAUACAUUACUCUCUCUUCUUCCUAUCUCUCUCAAAAUUCUAUAUAAAGAAGAUUGCAGUUUUAUUCCCUCCACUUCAACUCACCCAUCAAAACAACACACCUUACCUUAUAACAUUACCUUUUUAAUGUUUCAAAAACUACAACAAAAGUGAAGAAGCAAAAAACAAUGUUAAUGGAGAGUUUUACAAGGAGGAGAAAUUGUUACAUAUUGUUUUUGUGUUUUUUUGUUUGUUAUGUCACAGCUUCUGUGACUUAUGAUCAUAAAGCUAUUGUGAUUAAUGGAAAGAGAAGAAUUUUGAUCUCUGGUUCUAUCCAUUAUCCUAGAAGCACACCUCAGAUGUGGCCAGAUUUAAUACAAAAGGCUAAAGAUGGAGGUGUUGAUGUGAUUGAAACCUAUGUAUUUUGGAAUGGACAUGAACCUUCUCAAGGAAAAUAUUACUUUGAAGAUAGAUUUGACUUGGUUAAGUUCAUCAAAGUGGUUCAACAAGCUGGACUUUAUGUUCAUUUGCGUAUUGGUCCCUAUGUUUGUGCUGAAUGGAAUUUUGGGGGAUUUCCUGUUUGGCUAAAGUAUGUACCAGGUGUUGCUUUCAGAACAGACAAUGAGCCGUUCAAGGCGGCUAUGCAAAAAUUCACUACCAAGAUUGUCAGUAUUAUGAAGUCAGAGAAUUUGUUUCAAAGCCAAGGUGGUCCAAUUAUUUUGUCUCAGAUUGAGAAUGAGUAUGGACCAGUGGAAUGGGAAAUUGGUGCACCUGGAAAAUCUUACACCAAAUGGUUUUCUCAAAUGGCUGUAGGACUAAACACUGGUGUUCCAUGGGUUAUGUGUAAGCAAGAAGAUGCUCCUGAUCCAAUUAUUGAUACCUGUAAUGGAUAUUACUGUGAAAACUUCUCUCCCAACAAGAACUACAAACCAAAAAUGUGGACAGAAAAUUGGACUGGCUGGUACACUGAUUUUGGUACUGCUGUCCCUUAUAGACCAGCAGAAGACUUGGCAUUCUCGGUUGCCAGAUUCGUACAGAAUCGCGGCUCAUAUGUUAACUACUAUAUGUACCAUGGAGGAACUAAUUUUGGAAGAACAUCUUCUGGCCUUUUCAUUGCCACGAGUUACGAUUAUGAUGCUCCUAUCGAUGAAUAUGGACUUAUAAGUGAACCAAAAUGGGGGCAUCUAAGAGAUUUACAUAAAGCAAUAAAGCAAUGCGAGUCAGCUUUAGUGUCUGUUGAUCCGACAGUGUCAUGGCCUGGAAAAAACCUUGAGGUACACCUUUACAAGACAAGCUUUGGUGCCUGUGCUGCAUUCCUUGCAAACUACGACACUGGAUCGUGGGCAAAAGUUGCAUUUGGAAAUGGCCACUACGACCUACCCCCUUGGUCUAUCAGUAUUCUUCCUGACUGCAAAACUGAGGUUUUCAACACUGCAAAGGUUCGUGCACCAAGGGUCCAUAGAUCGAUGACACCUGCGAACAGUGCGUUUAAUUGGCAGUCUUACAAUGAACAACCUGCCUUCUCCGGUGAAAGUGGUUCCUGGACAGCAAACGGACUUUUGGAGCAGCUCAGUCAGACUUGGGAUAAGUCAGAUUAUUUGUGGUACAUGACAGAUGUCAACAUCAGUCCUAAUGAAGGUUUUAUAAAGAAUGGCCAAAAUCCCGUUCUUACCGCCAUGUCAGCUGGCCAUGUUCUGCAUGUUUUUAUUAACGGUCAAUUUUGGGGAACUGCGUAUGGAUCAUUGGACAAUCCUAAAUUGACAUUUAGCAACAGCGUGAAGUUGAGGGUUGGCAAUAACAAGAUUUCUCUACUUAGUGUUGCCGUCGGUCUUUCGAAUGUUGGCGUGCACUAUGAAAAAUGGAAUGUUGGUGUGUUAGGCCCAGUAACUUUGAAGGGUCUAAACGAGGGGACACGAGAUUUGUCUAAACAAAAAUGGUCUUACAAGAUUGGACUGAAAGGUGAAUCCUUAAACCUUCAUACCACAAGUGGAAGUUCUUCUGUUAAAUGGACACAAGGAUCAUUUUUAUCUAAAAAACAACCUUUGACAUGGUACAAGACAACUUUCAACGCGCCGGCUGGAAACGAUCCAUUGGCUCUAGAUAUGAGUAGUAUGGGAAAGGGUGAAAUAUGGGUUAAUGGUCAGAGCAUUGGUCGCCAUUGGCCGGCAUAUAUAGCUCGUGGUAAUUGUGGCAGUUGUAAUUAUGCCGGAACUUUCACAGAUAAAAAAUGCAGAACAAAUUGUGGACAACCCACACAAAAAUGGUAUCAUAUUCCUCGAUCAUGGCUGAACCCAAGCGGGAACGUCUUGGUUGUGUUGGAAGAAUGGGGAGGCGACCCUACCGGAAUUUCACUGGUGAAAAGAACAUGAAGUGUGCUCAUUUGAUUUUAGUUUAUUGAAAAGUUUGCAGAACUGCAUUAGCAAGCAAUAGUUGUCUAGUGACUCGUGUCUAGGAAAGCAAAAGAAGCUCUCAGCUAAGUCCCUAUGCAACUAGGAUCCUCUGAUGCAGCAAAGUACAAAAUAAAUGUGAUUCAGAUCAUAUCAGAUUCAGUAUAUAGUGUUUCAAGUUCAACAUUGAUGCUCCUUAGUUCAAUUUUACACACAAGAUUGCCAAGGUCUAAUAAUGGACAACCUGGCAGAAAAUAAAAUAUAUUUAUAUAUAUACACAUUUGAAAUUUGAUGCAAAUAUGCUGUAUAGUGUAUACUGUACAUAGCCAAACUAUUCUGCUGAGUAUUGUUUCAUGUAUUACAGGGCUUGAUGCAAUGAAAAUUGAGCCCUCAUACAUAGAAUCAUACAAAUUUGAGAGUUGGACACACAAAAUGUGUGUCAUUGUCACAUUAGUGUUAUACAUUUUUUCAGAAAUAAAUUUGUUUGUUUUUACAUAGGAGUUAUGUAAAGAACAAAUUGAAAGUGAUAAAAGUUGCUUCAAAUAGUUUAUGAAAUGAUUCCUUUUAAAUCAUAA